UUUAUUCCUGAUCUCACCUCCACCCUCUCCACCUCUCUGUGUCUGCAGUGUGACAACGCCAAGGGGCUGAGGGCCUUCUUUGAUGCCAUAUGUUAUGGUCCCAAACACCUGAUGAUUUUUGGCGGCGUCUGCCCCUCUGUGACCUCCAUCAUCGCAGAAUCCUUGGAGGGCUGGAAUCUGGUGCAGCUGUCCUUUGCGGCAACAACGCCAGUUCUGGCAGAUAAGAAAAAAUACCCCAACUUCUUCCGCACUGUCCCAUCAGACAACGCUGUGAACCCAGCAGUAGUGAAGUUCCUCAACUUCUACAACUGGAGCCGUGUGGGUACCCUCACGCAGGAUGUUCAGAGGUUCUCAGAGGUGAGGAAUGAUCUAACCAAUGAGCUGGAGAAAGCAAACAUUCAGAUUGCCGAUACAGAAAGUUUCUCCAACGACCCCUGUGUCAAUGUCAAGAAGCUCAAGGACAACGAUGUGAGAAUCAUCAUUGGCCAGUUUGACGAGCACCUGGCCGCCAAGGUUUUCUGCUGUGCGUAUAACCUGAACAUGUUUGGCAGUAAAUACCAAUGGAUUAUCCCCGGCUGGUACCAGGGCAACUGGUGGGAGCAGGCCAACACCACCAACUGCACCACCAAGAAGCUGCUCACAGCCAUGGAGGGAUACAUUAGUGUGGACUUUGAACCACUCAGCGCUCGGCAGAUAAAGGGCAUCUCUGGCAGAACGCCUAAGGAGUACGAGAGGGAGUACAGCCGGGAGCUUCAGCAGAAAGGUGUGGAGGCCAGCAAGUUCCAUGGCUUUGCAUAUGAUGGGAUCUGGGUCAUUGCUAAAACCUUGACUCGAGUGAUGGAAUUGCUCCGGGUAAAACAAAGGCAGAACACCUACCAGAACUUCACUGUGGAUGACCGCGAAGUGGGAAAAAUGGUGCUGGACGUCAUGAAUGAGACAAACUUCUUUGGUGUUACAGGCCAAGUCAUGUUUCGGAACGGAGAGAGGAUGGGCACAAUAAAAUUCAAUCAGUUUCAAGAGGGCCGGGAAGUGAAGGUGGGCGAGUACAACGCAAUUGCUGAUGUGCUGGACCUCAUCAACAACUCCAUAAGGUUCCAAGGUGUGGAGCCUCCAAAGGAUCGUACGUUUGUGCGUCUGCAGCGCCGUCACAUCAACGUCCCCCUCUACAGCAUCCUGUCCACCAUCACCAUACUCGGCAUGCUCAUGGCAGGGGCCUUCCUGUUCUUCAACAUUAAGAACCGCAACCACAGACUAAUCAAGAUGUCCAGUCCCUACAUGAACAAUCUAAUCAUCCUAGGAGGCUUACUCUCCUACGCCUCUAUCUUCCUGUUUGGCCUGGAUGGAGGUUUUGUCUCUGAUAAAGAGUUUGAGACCCUCUGCACUGUGCGGACAUGGAUCCUCAUUGUUGGAUACACAACAGCCUUUGGCGCCAUGUUUGCCAAGACCUGGAGGGUGCACGCCAUCUUCAAAAAUGUAAAGAUGAAGAAGAAGAUCAUAAAGGACCAGAAGUUGUUGAUUAUCGUUGGCGGGAUGCUGCUAAUCGACUUGUGCAUCCUCAUUUGCUGGCAGAUUGUGGACCCACUUAAGAGGAUCGUGGAAGAGUACAACUUGGAGGCAGACCCCCAAGGCCGAGACAUAGCCAUCCGUCCCUUCUUGGAGCACUGUGAGAACACCCACAUGACCAUUUGGCUGGGAAUCGUCUAUGCCUACAAGGGACUGCUAAUGUUGUUUGGCUGUUUCCUGGCAUGGGAGACCAGGAACGUGAGCAUCCCUGCUCUCAAUGAUAGCAAAUACAUCGGGAUGAGUGUUUACAACGUGGGCAUCAUGUGCAUCAUCGGUGCUGCGGUGUCUUUUCUGACGAGGGACCAGCCCAAUGUCCAGUUCUGCAUCGUGGCACUGGUGAUCAUCUUUUGCAGCACCAUCACGCUCUGUCUGGUCUUCGUUCCCAAGUUCAUCACCAUGAGAACCAACCCAGAUGCAGCCACCCAGAACCGGAGGUUAAAGUUCACCCAGAACCAGAAGAAGGAAGACUCCAAGACCUCCACCUCAGUUACUAGCGUCAACCAGGCUAACACUUCGCGAUUGGAUGGGCUUCAAACUGAUAACCACCGCCUUCGCAUGAGGAUAACAGAGCUGGACAAGGAGCUGGAAGAAGUGACUAUGCAGCUGCAGGACACCCCAGAGAAAACUCCCUACAUCAAACAGAACCAUUAUCCAGACGCCAACAACAUCCUCAGCAUACGCAACUUCACAGAUGGCAAAGAUGGAGAGAAGUCGAUACUAAAGAACCACCUGGAGCAGAAGCCUCAGGCGCAGUGGGGUUCCAUGGAUCCAUCCAGAAUAAAUAGAGGUCCCCUGGAGGAUAUCAACUCGCCCGAACACAUACAGCGUCGACUGUCCUUGCAGCUGCCCAUCCUGCACCAUGCCUACUUACCUUCCAUAGGAGGGGUUGAUGCCAGCUGCACCAGCCCCAACGGCAGCCCUGGUUCCAGCCCACGGCACAGACACAUGCCCCCCUCCUACCGGGUAAUGGUCUCUGGCCUGUGAGCUUCAUUCACAACUCCACCUGGCUCUUUGCAGAGGAGACAUAUAUGGUUCUUUUUUUUCUACAACAAAUAGACUGAUAUCAUCAGCGUAUGUGCGUAUUUUGUCUCGGAACAAGGAGAACAGGGGGAGAAGAGAGGGAGGGGGGCCAAGUUUCACUCUUUGUACCUCUUCACCCCGGCCUCUCUUGAGAACUGAAACCCUCAGUCAGGAAGGGGUGGGAGGAGACAGAGUGGGCACUGGAUGACCCUUACAAACUCCCAUGAUUCACAGCAAUGUCCCUUUGUUCAUUUGCUCCCUUUGCCUAGGCAUAUACACAUAUGCUCAGUCAAACAAACACAAACAUACACAAAUACACACACAUGCACAAACACACUGACACCCCAAUAGCAGAACCGCGAUGGACCAGCCCUUACCUGACGUGUAGCCUUAUCUGCUUCAGAGGGGAUUGUCUGAUUCUGUUCCUUAUCUGUCAUAUGUAUGUCCUCGCGGCUACGUGUGAGCUUGUAAUCUUACUUGAGUAUUUCACUGCUUCAGUGACUUGAUACCGGUGUGGAGACAUGGAAUUUACAAAACCCAACAAAGGAAAUCAUCCAAUUUACUCCCUGCCCCCUUCCCAUCCUUGUGAAGACAUGUAAAUAUCAUAAUUUCUGACUUUGAUGUACUGUAAGCUUUGUAUAUGCUGUGAAUGGACAAUUAAAGGGGAAGUAAGUGUGGCGUGUGUAACAGAGGCAGGUGAUCAUGAAAAUUUCAAAUGAAAGAUUAAAAAACACGGCACCCUACAAAGAAUUAGACAUAUGUAUGAAAGAGAUCUGAAUUGGUGUGCGUAACUGUUGAUAAAUUAGC